GGGACGGGGACAGCACUGCCCGUCUGGCUGCAGCAUUGUGUGCGCUGGCACGUUCAUAGGAACACCUCUUGCUGGCAUCGGAUCUUCUCCGAGGGUGUGAACUGUGGGAGGCUGAAAUUAAACUGGGUCAGGUCUCAGUGGGUGCUGCCAUUGCCCUUCCUUCACAGGUGGGAAGGUGCCAGUGUUUGGUUGCCCCCAGCACAGGACUUCACUGCCCUUUGCCCCAAAAAGAAUCAUAGAAUCAUAGAAUAUCCCGAGUUGGAAGGGACCCAUAAGGAUCAUCCAGUCCAACUCCUGGCACCGCACAGGUCUACCCAAAAUUUUAGACCAUGUGACUAAGUGCACAGUCCAAAUGCUUCUUAAAUUCAGACAGGCUUGGUGCAGUGACUACUUCGCUGGGGAGCCUCUUCCAGUGUGCAACGACCCUCUCGGUGAAAAACCUCUUUCUGAUGUCUAGCCUGAACCUCCCCUGCCUCAGCUUGACUGCCGCCCUCUGGCUCUCCCAGGCAAGGCUGGAGGACCCAAAAGAGGAAGAAAGGGUGCGGUCUUUAUUCUUCAUACUAACAUGCUUCCUUGACCGGGGAGCUGGGGGAUUGGGGAGCUUCUGCACUGGGGGUGUCUGAGACACUCGGCCAUGUGAGUUUCAGCGAGAAUUUUGCGCGCCAAAAUGCUGUGAAGAUGGCGGUGGGGCUUGCAGCGGAGCUCCUCUUAAUCUUCUCUAUUGUGCAAGCAUGGGUGCAGGUGGCCUCAUCCCAGGCAGUAGGAGUCGUGGGAGGGGUGGUGUACCUCAGCCCCCCGCCACAGAGCCAGAACACCACCUACCACCAAAGCCACUGGCGCUGCGGCAGCUCCCUGAAGGUCGCCAUCCACGAGAACGGGAAGGGGGUCCGGUACCCCAACGGUCCUUUCAAGGGUCGCCUGCAGCUCUUCCCCAACAAUACGUUGAAGAUCAGCAGCUUGCAGAAAAAUGACAGCAACAUCUACUGGGUGUACCUGGAGGAUGAGGUGGGCAAGGAGCACACCAACAGCGUCCACCUGAAGGUGUAUGAUGUGGUCCCCAAGCCUACCGUGCGUGCCAUAGUGAACGGGGACAACCUGGAGCACUGCGAAGUCACCCUGGAGUGCUUGGUGCAGCUGGAAGACGUGACCUAUGAGUGGAUGCCCCCCAGCAGGGUCAUGACAAUGGGCUCUAACGGCACGCUGCCCCUCUCCUUCAACCCCUUGCUGGAAACCUACACCUGCAGGGCCAGCAACCCCGUGUCCUCCAGCAGCGCCCAGCUGACCCGCAGGCACCCCUGCUCUUGGACAGCUGAGUCCUCUGCUGUCACCACCGCCGCCAAGACCAGCAUGCUGAUGUUGCUGGGACACCUCCUCCUCCUCUUCUUUGCUCUGCCUUAAUGACAUGCUGCGGCUGAUGUUGUCUGCUGUGGGGCUAGAACCUGGAUGAAGCCCUCAGAUGGCAAGUCUCUUGCGAUGGCACUUUGAGAACCCCAACAAUGCAAAUCACCAAAUGGACAUUUAGCAGCUCAAAAAUGCUCUCAGCCCUAGCUCUGAGACCUGAGCUGAGCCUUUCCUGCAGGUUCCCCAUGGCAGUGGGCAUCCUCGGCUCUCGCCUGGUGUCUGCCAGCCACUGUGGGGGCAAUGCCCUUAGGGGACUGGUGUGUGCUGUGGUCAUGAGGGACGGUACACAGCACGUGACACUUUCAGGGAAAGUGCAGGAUACUGCCAGUGCAGCCCCACAUCCAGUCGUGGAGUACUGGAGCAUGACCAUGAGACAGUUAAGGUUGACUUUUCUCAGCCCAGGAAGGCUCAAUGUUGGAAUUAUGUUGUAUGCAUGCAAUAAAUUAUUUCCUUUCCAUGCCA